GACUGGAAUUUGCUUCGAAUGCGAUUUGAACUACGUCCACUCUUUGCCUCGGUCGCACACGCACAAGUCUUCUACCAAAGCCCAGCCACGCAAGAUGAAGAAAGCCUUUCAAGAUAAUGCACGCAUGAUGUUCCUGGGGCCACCUGGCGUCGGCAAAGGCACGUACGCCACUCGCAUAGCUCCCAAGUUGAACAUCCCGACCAUUUCCACCGGCGACUUGGUUCGCGCCGAGAUCAAGCGAGACUCGGCUUUGGGCAGACAAAUCAAGGAGUUCAGCGCGACUGGCAAGUUGGUCCCGGACGAGAUUAUCUUGACCAUGGUGCGAGCCCGCCUGCAAGAACCGGACGCCAAGCGCGGGUACAUUCUGGAUGGCUUCCCUCGCAACGCCAGCCAAGCUGUCGAGUUCGACAAAAUCGAUACGUUGGAUCUCGUUGUUAACUUUGACCUGCCCGAAUGGGUGCUCUUGGAGAAGAUCAGCGGCCGUCGAAUGUGCUCGUCGUGCGGGACAGGUUUCAACGUUGCCAACAUCAACAGCGGCGAGUACGUCAUGCCCCCAUUGCUUCCAAAGGUGGACGGUGUUUGCGACAAGUGUGGCGGCGCGCAGCUCGUGCAGCGACCGGACGACGCCGUCGACGUCGUGCGACACCGGUUACAAGUGUAUGCGGACGAAACGGAGCCAUUGAUAGCUUACUACGAAGCAAAAGGAGUGCUCCAAAACUUCCACGUGACCAAGGGCCUAGCCGACUUGGAUCGAUUGAUGCACGUCUUGGGGAUGCCCGCUUCUGCUACCAGCAACCUGUAGCGUGGUGUGUGCGAGCCUAGACUAGUCGGCACUGAAUGCUUUACCACGACACAUAAACAGCUCCAUGCAUCUUCUAAACGGUUCGUUUCAAUUGGUAAUACGAGCCGAGCUGACUCGCAAA